GAGAGAGAGGACGGAGAGGCAGCCGGGUUCCGACGCUACAGGAGAUUUAGCUCUCCAGAAAUACCGAAAGGCGGCUAAGUUUAAUUCAGAAUGCGUCCGUAAUCUAACGACUGUCUCCAAAUCAAAACCUUCUGAUAUAAGCUUCGCUAUUUUUUCUAUUCCUGGAGAGCUUAAUGCGCCUCGUCUCCACAAAAAAAAAAGAAAAUGAUCGGGAGAGGACUGCUCUUUGUGACCGUACUGUCCAGCUGCGUUCUGUCAUUGCCACUGACUCCAAGUCAGCUGGAGAAUGAGGACGUAAAGGUGAUGAAAUGCAUUGUGGAGGCGUUGGCAGAUGUGCUAUCAAGGCCCCACCCUGUGCCUGUCAGCCAGGAGUGUUUGGUCACACUGAAGACAGACGACAGGCUUGUUUCUAUCCUCCGACAUCAUAACUUUCUGAAGGAGCUGCAGGAGAUUGCUGUUCAAGGUGGUCAAGAGAGAGCUCAGCUGCAGAGCGAUGCUGGAACACCUGACCUAACGACACAAACUCCAAAGACUGCAGACGAUGUUGCAGAUCGAUCCAUGUUGGAAGCCUUAGGAGGCCCCGGUGAAAGAUCCAUCCUGUCUCAGAAGAGGAGGAUAGGAAAUGGAGAAGGGGAAGAAGAAAAGGAUGAAAGACUGGGAGAUGAAGAGUCACAGGAGGACGGUGACAUCGUUGAAGAAGUGCAAGUGAAGAGAGAAAAUGAUGAGGAGCCAGGAAGUCCCGUCUCUGUGGACGAGUGGAGUGAGGGCAAGGCUGAAAAGAGAGAGGAGGAAGAAGAAGACUAUGAAGAGAAGAGAGCAAAUUCAGAGGAGAACAAGAUUGAGGAUAAGAAAAGUGCUGGAUCUGGUGAAAAGAGAGAUGCACCCAGAAACAAAUCAAAAGAGAAGUUUGAUGAAGAGGAGAAAGACAAGAGGUCAGCACUUUUCUCACAUAAACAAGAGGAGCAACAGGGGGAAGAGGACGAUGAAGAGGAGGCGAAGAGAGGCAGUAGGGAGAGCCUAAAGCGAUGGACCAAGAGGGGUAAGGCAUUGCCACUGAAGAAGAAAGCACUCGAGAAGGAGGCGCAGCAGCUCAACAGCCAGCAGGAAGUGCAGCAUCAUUCGAAAGAGGUCACUGAGGAAGAGGAGGAGGAGAAGAAGGAAAGAAACGUGCAGAGGAGUCCAGAGGAGAAGGAGCUGCAGAUGAUCGCUAGAAGGGGACCUGAGGAGAGGAGGGGGCUGGAGGAAGAGGGGAGCGCCAGUCGGAAGUCAGAGGAGCCAGAGAUUGAGAGCCUGGCAGCCAUUGAGUCAGAGCUGGAAAACGUUGCCCAGAAACUCCAUGAGCUGCGGCGAGGCUGAGAGAGAGAUCGGUAAAAAGUUGACACCGCAACCUCCUCUGCCUCCUCGUACUCCUCCGCUUUACCAGCUGCCUGGUUUCCUCAGAUAGAGCGUGUGAAUAUGUGACAAGAUUUUAUCUUUCGCUAUUUUUCCAGAGGAUGCCCACUUGCACCACACUGCUGCAGCCUCCCUUGUGACAUUCUGUCCCUCACAUAGAUUAGCAUACAGUAGACGCACAUUGCAGCUAGACAUGCAUACUAAAAACAUACAAAUGCACACGUUCUGUGCAUAGUGAAACACACAGCAAGGCUCCUAAAGAAAAAUCUUUCUGUCAGUGAAAGAUGACAGCUUGUUUUCCUUCAUUUUCUCUGACAAUCAUCUCUCUUUCUGCAAAUGUAUCUCUCUUGCUUUUUGAAUUAGUUUAACACUGACCAUUGAUUUAUGUGAGAGGUUGAGGCAGCUCCAGGUAUACACACACCAACAAGGUGAGGUAGUACAGUACAGGCAUGUAUACAUGUACAAAGUUAUUUCUGGGAUACUUACUUACUUACUUACUUAUUUCAGAAGAAGCAGAAGAAGAAGACAUAGAUGCUUACCUAUUAUAGAUACAGUCAAGCCAAGGCAAUAAUUGAACAUUUUUAGCAGAUUAAUGGCUGGAUUGUAAUCUUAGCACUGUACGUAAUUUAUGUAAGAAAAAUCAACUAACUGAAUUGAGUUUAUCUGGAAAUCGAUGUUUUGGUAAAUCCUUUUAAUGCCUCUAAAAUAAAUGAAUAUUUGCAUAAGAGAAUAAAUGCA